AUGUCGUACGGUAUAAAAUUUUCAAUUAUUGUUGAUAAUGAUUGGUUUGGUUCAACAUCAUUUAUUCCUGUCUUACGAUUACUUGAUACUGAAAUAGAAGUACUCGGUCUCACUGUAGUAGUUGGUAAUAUUUGGUUAGAUCAAAUGGCAUUAGAUGCAUUACGUUUUCUUGAAUUGGGAAAUCUUAGUAAUAAAAUUUCUGUUUAUAAAGGUGCUACAUAUCCAUUUUUAAAUAAUCCAUUUCAUCCUUCCGGUGGAGAUCCAACACAUAUUGUACUGUCGGCUUUACCAGAAGGUCUUCCAACGACAAAACUACAAACUAUGAAUACAAUUAAUUUUCUCAUCGAACAAAUUCAUAUGUAUUCUCAUCAAGUUUCAAUAUUAACACUUGGACUAUUGACAAAUAUUGUUUUAGCAAUAAGGUUAAAUUCAACAUGUGCAAGAAAUGUUAAAGAAAUCGUAAUACAAGAUGGUUUCUUAGAUAGAAAUCUUGCUCAAAUUACUGGUUCGUUACUUCAAGCCGAUUUAAAUUCUGAUUUCAAUAUUCUCUUUGAUCCUGAAGCUGCAUCAAUUGUUCUUACUGCUGAUUUUCCUUCCUUUGUUCUUGUUGGUCGAGCUGCAAUGAUGGCUACUGUUAAUCCAUCCUAUAUUGAUAGUAUUACUACUAAAAUUAAUCCAUACACAAAACUCAUUGCUAAGUACUAUCCAAGAAAUUUACCAAUGUGGAACGAAGCAACAGCUGCCAUUCUUACUCAUUCUAAUCUUAUAAUUGAUACUGUUUAUGCACUUGCCGAUGCUGAUAUUGCCUAUAAUGGCCCAUUUUAUGGAACUAUUCAUAUUUGA